AUGCUCAUCCGCCGCAAGGAUGGCGAAUGGGGUGUCAUUUACUCUGUCCUGUGCAAGUCCACCCUGUAUGUCCAUCCGGACGAGCACACGUCCGAGCCACUGCUGUCGAUCAACCUCCAAAGCGAAGCGUCCUCGCUCCCUUCCUCGGCACCGGGCUCUGGGCACAACUCGCUCACCCACAAGCUCAACUUUAGCACGAGCCCUGGCGGCAGUCGCCCUUCUUCGCCCGACUCCACCAUGACUGGCUCACCGCGGGAUGGCGUGAGCGGUCCUCAAAUGUCGAUUCGGCUCGUCGACGACUCGCUGUUUGGUGUGGAGAAUUGCUUUUGCAUCGAGGCACAGUCGUCACGCUAUUCAGAUCGCCUGUUCGACGCAGACUCGAUGCCAGAGAGCCGCCAUCUGACAAAGUACUACUUUGUGGUGGAGUCGGUCAAGGAGCGCCACCACUGGAUUGAGGAGCUGCGCGCGGCCAUGCUCACCUCGCAGUCGCUCCGGCACGUCACCUCGCUUGAACUGGGUGUCAACGCGCUCCACGUCGACCGCAACUCGUCUGCGGCUGCGCAGUUGCUCCCCAGUGGCAAGGGCGCCAGCUCAAACAUGUACUAUUGCAACAUUCACUUUGACAACGAGCUGCAAGCGCGCACCUUUUCCAAGCGCGACAAUGAGGGCGUGGUCGAGUGGAUGGCCCAGUUCCAUUUCGACGACAUUCGGCACUCGUUCUUUGACAUGAGCAUUGUCAUUUGGCGCAUGGGCACGAGCGCCAAGGAGAAGGAUGUCGAGAUUGGACGCAUCACGAUGCCCUUCCACACGCUCGCUCAAACAACGCUCAACAAGGAGAAUGUCGGUGCCGGCGGCAACUGGUACCAGCUCGAAUCUGGCAUUGGCAAGGUGCGCAUCGAGCUGCGCUACACGGUGGAGCGAAUCUGUCCCCUGCCGACGUACAAUUCGCUGUUUGUGUUCUUGCUCAACACGCUCAAUGCCGACACGAACAUGGUCAAUCUCAUCUAUGACGCACUCAACGGGGACUCGACGGCGCAGGCCAAGAGCGAGUUUGCCGGCUCGCUCGUUCGCUUCUUCCUGGGCAUUGGUCAAAUCACAAAGUUCCUUCGCACCCUGACGCGCUGUGAGAUUUUCGCCACCGACCAGCCCACCAUCAUCUUCCGUGGCAACACCAUGGCCACGAAGGCGAUGGACCAGUUUAUGAAGAUUUGCUGUGAAGAUUAUCUUCAUGAAACCAUGGACGAGGUUGCGUACGACAUGUUUUCGUGCACACAAUCUUGCGAAAUCGAUCCCACGCAGAUGGACAAGGGUGAAGACUUGAUGAAAAACUGGCGACGACUGAAAUCCUUCAUUGAUCGUGUGACCAAGUCGGUGUUUGAAUCGUCUGCCACUGUUCCUCGCGAUCUGGUGGUCAUUUUCGAAGGCAUCCGUGUUGCCAUGGCUGACAAAUUUGGCGAUGCUGACCAAAACAAGGGUCUUACAGCCAUCAGCGGCUUCAUCUUCCUUCGCUUGUUCAGUGCAGCGCUCCAAGGCCCGCAUUUGCACCCCUUCCUCUUGGUGCCAGACAUUCCCGAGGAACGAUCGCGCCGUCUGUUCACCCUGGUGAGCAAGACUGUCCAAACGCUGGCCAAUCUUCGACUUUUCUCGCAAAAGGAGGAGCAUCUGAUGAACAUGAUGAACAACUCGUUCGAGGAGGAUCACGUUCUGGACAAGAUGCGCAAGUUUUUGACCGAAGUUUCGACCGUCUACUAUGGCCCCAAGACAGCCAGCGAUAUUGACAAGACGAUGGCCUUGUACGACGCCCCCAUCGACAUUGCCGCGAUUGUCCCCAUGCUCAAGCACUCGUCCGUGUUUGUGACCUUCCCUCCCAACCACGGCCCGACCAUCUCUUCCACGGUCCACCCCGCUGCAUCCGCUGGCGUCGGUGUCCGUGUUGAUAUUGAGCGUGAGCUCGCCUUCAUCAACCACCAUCUCCAAAAGAAGCGCCCAUAUCUGGCCAAGAAGGCCGAGUCGAACGCUGUCCUGAAGCCUUUAAUCACAAAGCUCUUCGCCAUCAUUGACGAUGUCCAGAAGAAUGAGCAGACAGUCAUCGACAAUGCCCAGCGUCAAGGCUUCCAGGUUUCCACUGGCGAAGCCGCAGACGAGUGA